AUGAAGACUGCCAACAUGACGAGGAACAAGGGACAAGUGUAUAGUGUUGGUAAUUAUCUGAUGACGGGUAAAGUACUAGGGAAGGGACACUUCGCCAGAGUUGAGGAGGCCACACACAGAAUUAUAGGAAAAAAGGUGGCCAUUAAGAUCAUUGAUUUGACAUGUAUCAAAGAAGAAUAUGCUCGUCGGAACCUGCACCGGGAGCCAAGGGUGAUGGCCAAGCUCCGGCACCCGUGCAUCGCGGCGCUCUACGAAACUAUGAUGCACGGACCUCGGCUAUACGUAGUGAUGGAGGCGGCGGGUGGUGGCGACCUGUGCACGCACGUGCUGGGCGCGCGGGGCGCGGCGCGCGGCCUGCCCGAGGCUCGCGCGCGCUCGCUCGCCGCGCAACUCGUAUCAGCCGUUCGACACAUGCACGCCAGGGGCGUCGUGCACCGUGACUUGAAAAUGGAAAACAUUAUGCUGGAUACUACAAAGCAAUUCAUCAAAAUAGUUGAUUUUGGUUUAUCUAACAUUUGGAGCUCAGGUGCAUCGCUGCGAACUCCUUGCGGCUCCCUCGAGUACGCAGCACCUGAACUGUUCGUGGAUGGACGCCGCUACGGACCUGAAGUAGAUCUUUGGAGCAUAGGGGUGAUCGUGUACGGCAUGGUGACGGGCGGGCUGCCUUUCACGGGCGGUAGCGGAAGCGGAGGCGGGGGCGGCGCGGCGGAGGCGGAGGGCCGCUCGCGCCCGCUGCUGCGCGCCGCCAUCACGCGCGGCUUCACGCGCAAGCAACGCGCCGCACUCGCCGCGCAAUCGCCCGAGUGCAAGGCAUUUAUCCAGCAUUUAUUGGAGCCCAACGUGGAAUUGAGGAUGAAAAUCGACGAGGCGGCUCGCCACAGCUGGAUCAAGAGGCCCGGCAUGAGGAUGAAAACCCACCCUUUUAAUACAAUUGAGGUCACGACCAACAGGGAGGUAUACCGGCAGAUAUCAGAACUAUGUCAGAUGUCAGUCAUGGAUGUCGUCGCUCAAAUAAAAGCUGAGCCGUUCGGGACAACAGCCGGAGUGUACAAUAUCAAGACGCAUUUACUCCAACUGCAAUCUAUGUCUGGAACUGAGUUGCUAUGGUCGUCGAACGCUCAGGAACCACGUCCGCUAUCUCCGCCCGAAUACCGGCCCAAGUACGACACCGACACGGACGCUUCCACUAGCAAAGCCCCCACUCCACCUCAGCCUACAUCAUUGAAAUACACACCCCCGACUCAAAAGAUCCGCAUAUCCUCCUGUCUCCAACAACCGAAGCCAAACCUCGUCAAUCGAAACAUAACUCCGGAACCGCCUAAACCAGCUCCCAAAAUCCCAUCGUCCGAUAGAAUUAAGAAGUGUCAAUUGCAGAGCCCUAGAACCAGUAACAGGCCAUUAAGCAGUAUGUAUGUUAUGAAGAAGCCGGUGUACAAGGUGUAUGACAACGGAGACUGCGGUCUGGACCCGCGGCUGCCCAGUAUCGACGAACAUUCAAGUACUGACAUCAACGACAAAGUUACACGCAGUAAAAAUAUACGGAUUCCGUUUGUCCGGAAAGUUUCGCUAGAGGACGAGCGGCCACUGAGGUUGAACAGUUGCCCGAACAGGCAUGGCGAUAAACGAGCGGAAUUUUAUAGAAAGGGAGGCGACGGUCUGCCGAGUUGGAGAGCAAGCGGCGGCCUGAUGACCCCACCAGCGAGGAUCCUUCUGCAGAGCAACGCGACUACUAUUAAACGAGCAUCUUUGGGUAACAUCGUAAGUCCACAUUCGUCGUCUAACAGCCAAUGCAAGAGCGAGAGAGCAAUGCCGGUUGGUUGGUACUCCACAAGAAGUAUAGGCAAGGAGACGACGCAUUUGCAACGACUCCGGCGCACAGCGCCCAUGAAGUAA